ACCCCCCUCACCCAUCCUGUCCCCGUCCCCCCACCCGUCCACCCAACCCGACCCGACCCACGGACUCGCGCCGGGGCUGGAUCAUGUCGAGCGGCGGGCCGGAGGGCAACCGGACAGCCGAGGCCCAGGACCCGAGCAGCCGCCGCACGCCGGACUCGCCCGUCGCCGAGCGCCGCAACCGCAGCGGCAUCAUCAGUGAGCCGCUCAGCAAGAGCCUGAAGCACUCGCGCGCCCUCUCCCAGUACACGCCGGCGGCCAACCACGGCAGCCACAACGCCCUCAACGGACUCCACCACGGCGGCAGCAACGGCAAGGUCAAGCACCAGGCCGCCAAGCCCCAGGAGCCGCCCCAGCCGCCGUCGCAGCAGUCGCCCCUGGCGUCCAUGCCCGCGCUGGGCAAGCUGGACCGGACCCUGGAGCAGAUGCUGGAGAGCCAGAACGGGCUGCUCCACUUCGCCCAGGCGGCGGCGCUGCUCAAGCGGGCCGGCAUGGAGCACAUGCUGCUGCCCGGCGGCGUGGGGGUGGGCGGCAUCGGCGAGAGCGGAGGCGGCGCGGCGGGCGACCUGGACGGAUCGGCGGCGGCGGCGGCGGCCGCGGUGGACGCGGUGAGCGGCCUCGCCGACUUCUACGGCGUGGGCGCCGGCGGCGGCUUCCCGUUCAACCCGGGCCUGUUCAUCAUGACGCCGGCCGGGGUGUUCCUGGCGGACAGCGCGCUGCACAUGGCCGGCCUGGCCGAGUACCCGGCGCAGAGCGAGCUGGCCUCCGCCAUCAGCUCCGGCAAGAAGAAGCGGAAACGCUGCGGCAUGUGCCCGCCCUGCCGGCGCAGGAUUAACUGUGAGCAGUGCAGCAGCUGCCGCAACCGCAAGACCGGACACCAGAUCUGCAAGUUCCGCAAGUGCGAGGAGCUCAAAAAGAAGCCGUCUGCAGCUCUGGAGGUCAUGCUGCCGACAGGAGCGGCAUUCCGAUGGUUCCAGUGAGACUGUGACCCCCCCCCCCUGCCCCCCCCACUCAACUCCCCCUCAACCUGCACCCAAAGCUCUGCAAUCAAGUGCAAUGCCAAUUCUCGCUUGGAUUGUCUCGGGCACGGACACUGGCUGAAAACCAUACUGAUGACAAAAGAAACAGCAAAACGACGAAAAACAGCAGUGAAAAUCUUUAAAAAAGAAAUAUUCAAAAACAAAGCGAAAGAGUACAAAAAUAAUCAAUCGCGUUAUGGAUGCACCUACUUAUUUCUUGAACCAAAAAUGUAAGCAUAAAGAAAAAAAAACCUAUGGCAACUCUCAUUCCCUUUUCUAUGUUUCCAUUUUGGUACCUUUUUGUCCUUUUUCCAGCAGGUUUUUUCUGUCACUUAAACAUGGAACUGUUCAUUGCCAAACAGAAAUGACGGACUGAGUGUGGACAAUCAACUAAUUUCUGUGUUUGGUGUUAAUGUCGUUCAUGUGUGGAAAGAUACAGUACUUGUGUAGAGAAUGUAAAUUUACGGCUAUAUUUUAAAACUAGUGGCUAAUGGCAAGCACUAUUGUAAUUUAGCACCAUUGUUCUUACUCAAACUUCUGUAUUUUAUGAUUGUUUUUUUUCUUUUGAUGUUGUUUCUUUGCUUUUUUGUUCUGUUUUGAGACUAUAGUUUCAGAAAGAGAUCAAUGUUUUUUGUUUGUAUCAAAAGAAAAGAAAAAUAUUCUGAGAUGUAAAAAUCCAUGUCUUUUUCAACUAGAACAAAGAAAGAGAGAUACAUUUACAGUAUAACUCGACUGUUAUGUUUUAACAGUCGCUUUGGCCCUAAACAUGCUCAGUGCCACAGAAUUGGCUCAAGCCUUUACAAAUAUGACUGGAAGUCCUGGAGUUGGCCAGAGAACCAUUUACUUGCCUGUUUGUCUGAUUUUUUUUUUUUUUUUUUAAAUAUUAUUAUUUAGUGAAACUGGCAGCCUUAUUUUUACCAUGUUCCCAAUGAGGAUCUCUGUCAAAAUAGAGCUCAUUGGCAACACUGGGAGACAGCACUUGCUCUAUUCAUAUGAACGCACUGAAAACAUUUUUUUUUCAUGACGUUGCCAGUAGCUACAUCUUUUAAAAAGAACAGCGAUGUUUGUAUUCAAUUAGAAAUAUGGGCUGGUUUUGUGAAUAAAAACAAAUGCAUGUA